AUCUCGUCUUUCCUCCUCUCUGCUUUCCCUCUCGCAGCCAUUUCCUGCUCUCUCCGGCGGUGUGUUCGAGUAGCAUUCCGCGGGGAAAUUUUUUCUGGUUUGUAGGUGAGCGGUGGAUUCAGCGUCGGCAUGAGUUUGCCACUCAACCCAAAACCAUUCCUUAAUGGUCUUACUGGUAAGCCAGUAAUGGUGAAACUGAAGUGGGGUAUGGAGUACAAGGGAUACCUGGUCUCUGUGGAUGGAUACAUGAACAUGCAGCUCGCCAAUACAGAAGAGUAUAUUGAUGGGGCAUUAUCCGGACAUCUUGGCGAAGUUCUAAUAAGGUGUAAUAAUGUAUUAUAUAUACGUGGAGUAGAAGAGGAGGAAGAAGAUGGCGAGAUGAGAGAAUAAAGCAAUUUCCAAUUAGUUUUGUAAAUUUUAUUUUGUUUCUUGAAACUUCUCUUUCGAGGUUAUUGUUGGACUUUGAUUUUCUAUGUUUUGUUAAAAAAAA